AUAGUUACUCUAUAGAUGUAAAAAUAUUAAGAAAAAAUCAAUAAAAACUAUUUAUAUUUUACAUCUAAAUUUACCUGGCGAGUGAAAGUAGGUCUUAUUAUGUGUAAUCAUAAUACUAUAAACAAAUUUUGCUUAAUAAGCAAUACCAUCCUGUCCUUUAUAUAUUGCAACAUUUUGGUCUGAUACACUUCCGUUGACACAUAAAAGAAUUCUCAAUCUUUUUUCAGACUUCUAUCAAGUAAUACAAGAAGUUUGAAAUGUAUCUAGAAUUUAUUUUUAUUAUUUUAUGUGUGUCAACUGUUUAUACAAAAAAUGAUAUCAAUGAAAACAACAGUAAUCUCAUAGAGUCAUCAUCUGAAGAAUCUGUUGGAUGUAUUUGUGGUAUCUUUUUAAGUGGACAGUUUAAAAAAGGUACUAAAGAACAGCCUACAGGGAAUCCAGCUCUUCUUCACGAACAGUCAGAAUUGUUUCCUUGUACUCCUCUUGGGAACAGACAAUGUAUUAAUAAAUGUCUUGAGAUGAUUAUAAAACAUCUUCCAAAUAGCUCUGAUUUACUUUGUGCUGCAAUAGAUCGUGAUUGUUUGAAAGAAAGAGCGUAUCUUUUCAUACAAAAUUGUAAAAAUAAAUGGAUCAAUACAAAUUUAUCUGGUGGUAGAAAGUAUUGUUGCAAAGAUGGGAUUUCUUACAAGUGUCCUAUUGGUUAGUUAAUUAUACAAAUAUUUAUAUAGAUAAUUAAUAUUAAUAAUUUUUAAUAUUUUAUAUGUAAUAUUUUGUAAUAAAUAUUUUCAUAUUCAUA